AUGGCCCCCGCCCGCCGCCCCGCCGGGGCCCGCCUGCUGCUCGUCUGUGCCGGCCUGCUGGCCGCCGCCGCGGGCCUCGUCUCCCCGGAGCCCGGCGAGCCCGCGGGCAGCCGCGCCCGCCAGGAGCCGGGCCCCGGGAACGAGCUGCCCGCGGGCCCCGGGGAGAGCCGCGCCGGGCCGCCCGCCCGCCCGUCGGAGCCCACCACCGAGGGAGCACGUAACUUCGACCCCAGGGAUGCCUGGAUGCUCUUCAUCAGGCAGAGUGACAAAGGUGUCAACGGCAAGAGGGGAGGCAGAGGCAAGGCCAGGAAGCUGAAGCUUGGCCUGCCGGGGCCCCCAGGGCCCCCCGGCCCCCAGGGCCCCCCUGGCCCCAUCGUCCCUCCUGAGGUACUGCUGAAGGAGUUCCAGCUGCUGCUGAAAGGCGCGGUGCGGCAGCGCGAGCGCACGGAGCCGGAGCCCUGCACGCGCGGCCCCGCCGACGGCACGGCCGCCAUCCGGGAGAACGAGGAGGCGGCGGCGGGGGACACGGGCGUGCUGGCGCUUUUGGCGGCGCCCCUGGCCCCGGGCCCGCGGGCGCCGCGCGUCGAGGCUGCCUUCCACGGCCGCCUGCGCCGGGACGCGUCGGUGGAGCGACGCGCCCUGCACGAGCUGGGCGGCUACUACCUGCCCGACGCCGAGGGCGCCUUCCGCCGCGGCCCCGGCCUGAACCUGACCAGCGGCCAGUACACGGCGCCCGUCGCCGGCUUCUACGCGCUCGCCGCCACGCUGCACGCGGCGCUCGACGAGCAGCCCAGGCGGGGGCCGCCGCGCCCCCGGGACCGCCUGCGCCUGCUCAUCUGCAUCCAGUCCCGGUGCCAGCGGAACGCCUCCCUGGAGGCUGUCAUGGGCCUGGAGGGCAGCAGUGAGCUCUUCACCAUCUCGGUCAAUGGUGUUCUGUACCUGCAGACGGGGCAGUACACCUCUGUCUUCCUGGACAACGCCAGUGGCUCUGCCCUCACGGUGCACAGUGGCUCCCACUUCAGCGCUGUCCUCCUUGGCGUGUGAGCGGCCACACCGCGCCCUUCGUUUCGCCCGGUGAACAGAAGUGGGGUCCGAACAGUCUCUGGGCGGUGUUGGGGUGGCGGAGGCCACAUGCAGGACGAAGCCCACUGGAGCCGCCCGCACUGGCCACUGCAGGUCAGCCCGGAGGUGGCCGACUACCGGCAGCCCAGGGAGGGGACAUGCAAACGGGCAGUCCCAGAACCAGGAGGGAUUUCAGGGUGCCGUCUUUCAAAAGGAGAAGAGCCCUGUUGGGCUGUUAUUCAGCCCAUGUUUCUAGCGGGGCUUAGUGCCCAGGAGGACUUGCUUUUGUUCUGGUCGCAGACCGGUUCCUCUUCUGGUCCAGAGGGCAGCUUGCCCAGAUGGCCUCAGCCUCUUUGCCUUGGCCCAGUCCCUUUUCCAUUUUUUUAGUGUUUUUGUGGGCUGCCGGAACGCCAGCACGGAGGGCAAAGGCUGGUCACCUGCCUGGAUGCCCUGCGGGGAGGAGGGGCAGCCUGCACCGGGCCAGAGGGCCUCCCAGGAAAAGCGUGCUGGGCCUGCACAGCAGCCUCCCCGUCCCUCCCCUCGUCUCCACCCGGGGCUUCCUGCUCCCCACCUGCCUCUCCCCACCGGUGCCUUUGGCCUGGACCUCCUGCAGUGACCACAGGACUCAGUCUCACGGCCCCUUGGUACAGCAGCCUCGGGCGCCAGAGUGACACUGGAAAGGGGCUUAUGGGGGGACAGUGAGAGUCUAACAUGUGCAAGAGAACGCGUAAGUUCACCCUGCAGAUGGCCUUUGCAGAGCGUCGUGUGGUCCCCCCUCCGCUGUAAAGCCUGUCCUAGACAGGUCCCUCUUCCCAUCUCCUAGGAGGCUCUGACUCACCGCUGGGAUCCAGCCACCAAACAAAAGAUCUAGAACAUCUUUGCAGAUUAGAGACGAGCAGGCCCUGCCCAUCCAUCUGAACAGAUAAAGCAGAGGCUUCCCAGGAGCCAACAGCUCCUGCUGCCCACCCGUGGCCCCGUGGGGUCCAGCUGGCUCUGCGGUUCUUCCAUGUGUCUUCCCCCUGGGGAGACAGGUGGCCCUGAGCUCAGGUGGGGAAAAGACAGAUGGAGAUGUUGCCCAGAAGGCCGGUCUUGGUUCCCCAAGACCUGGGUCCCGAGUCCACUGUGAUGCUGUAGCAGUGAUGGGACCGGGGUGGGGGUGGGGGGAGUCUUGGGGGGGACACGGGCAUCUACCUGCAGCAGGUUCCUUCCAAGGUGUAGGGCCCCCCCCACCCCCUGCGUGGCUGCAGAGACAUGGUACCACAAGGUGUCCUGGAGGCCAGGCUGGUCUGACAGGGGUGUGUCCAGGCCUGGAGAGAACAGGGCAGUGGCCGCAGUCACAGGGACUGUCCAGCUGGCGUCAGGCGGAGCAGGUGACUGUGGCCAGGUCUGCCGGACCCCCAGAGCCUACAGCGUCCGUCUCCACUGAGAACCCACUCCCUCCCUCCCGGCCUAGGGGGGCCCCAGGCGCCCCACACAUAGGGAGCCACGUGGUGCCCUUGGCAGGCCGGGCGCGAUUCUCAGUAGGGCCCGAACCCGCCCUACCCGGAAGGGCUCUGAUAAGGGCUGUGGGGCCACACCCUUCUCUGGAUUUCACUUUGCACCCAGCGGGCACGGAUACUUCAAAGUUCUCCCUCACCCUUGAAAAAACCGCAGAUCUUUCCUUUGCUCAACCUAAGUGUAUUAUACCACACUUUGUUGAAGUAUUUAUUGUGCAAUGU